AUGGCGACCGGUGAGAGGCGAUCAAAUCUCAGGUUGCUCAGGACGUCAUUGAUUCUGGACCAAGGCGACACACGCAUGACUCGCCAUGGAGACUGUCUCAGACUGUGUACCUACAACGCGAGAACAGUGUCCACAGACGCUGACCUACAUGCCCUUCUCGAAGCUGCAGAUCGUAUCAAAUUUCACGUGAUUGCUCUGCAGGAGACCAAAUGCAGAAGGAGCGACGUACGACAGAUGAAUGACGGUACACUCGUCAUUCGUGGAGAGAAGGUUCCUUCGCGAAAUGUAGGCGGUGUUGCAGCUGAUGAAUCCGAAUUGGACGCGUUUUACGAGGAGCUGGAGGAAGUAGUCCGCAACGAGAAGUCCUUCUACAAAUUCGUUGUCGGAGACUUCCACGCAAAACUAGGAAAGGCCACGGAAGAAAAGUACAGGAUUGGAGGAUUUGGACUAGGGGACCGGAAUGAAAAUGGCAACCGUCUCGCCGGGCUAUUUGGUUCUGAUCACCGUCUCCUUCGUGCGAAAAUACGACUUAGCCACACGAUCGAAAAGAACAUCUGCUAUCGGCAACGAAGGAGAAAAGAAGUCGUCUACGACGAUUGCGUACUCGAGGACUCCCUGUCCCAAGGUGACUGGCACAUCGAAGAGGACCCAAACGUGGACUACGAGAUGCUGCUCAGAGGAUUACGAGCCUGUGCUGAACGUGCCUCGAAGUCGCGCACGAUAAACUUGGAUCGAAUUUCGAAGACCACCAAGGAAUUGUUAGGAAGAAGAAGGGCUUUGAGGCUUGAUCCGAAUGCAUCGCACAUUGAGCGGUUAGUAGCAAACACUAGCUGCAGAAAAGCGUUGCAGGAGGAUCUUUUGAAGUACAGGCAGAAGAAGAUUCUAGAAGCAGCACAAAGAAGAACGAGUCUAAAGAAGUGCCGCAGGGAUCUCCGCGAAUAUAAUAUUCCGCUAGCAACCUUGCUGAGCGAAGACGGGACUCGCAUGUCUUCUCGUCGUGAGAUGGAAAUCAUUACGGAGAGGUUCUACUCGAACCUUUUCCGUUCAUCAACUCCUUUGUCAAGCCCAAUCAUCCCCACUGGCGAAGCUCCACAACGGAUUCUCCCUUCGGAAGUACGAGUCGCUAUCAAGAGCAUGAAACCUGGCACAGCCCCCGGACCUGAUUUUAUAUCAGCAGACUUUCUUCGGGCUGGUGGCCAUCCGCUUCAUGUAAUCUUAGCAGCGCACAUGACAUCCUAUCUUCAGAAAGAAAGGAUCCCAGACCAGUGGAAGACCUCGCGAACCGUUCUUAUCCAUAAGAAAGGUGACCGAGAGGACCUUCGGAACUACCGUCCGAUAUGCUUGCUGAGCGUGUUAUACAAAGUAUUCACCAAGAUCAUCCUCAUACACAUAUCCAGGACGCUGGAUGAAGCCCAGCCUCAAGAACAAGCUGGAUUCCGCCAAGGGUUCAGCUGCUUGGACCACAUCCAGACCGUGUCGAGAAUCAUAGAGGUUUGCCGGGAAUACCCCCUGCCCCUUGUCCUAACCUUCUUCGACUAUGGGAAAGCCUUUGACAGCGUAGAAACGAAUGCAAUACUGUCAGCGCUGGUCGAUCAAGGUGUGGACACUUCGUAUGUGAGGACAUUAGCCAAUCGCUACGAUCGAUGCACGACUAGGAUACAGCUUUUCCACCGCCCUCUCACCAUACCCCUUGGAAAGGAGGUACGACAAGACGAUACUAGAUCGCCAAAGCUGUUCACGGCUGCAUUGCAAUGGAUAAUGAAAUCACUUUCCUGGGAAGAAAGGGGCAUACGUGUUGAUGGAAGAUUUCUCUCGAACCUUCUUUCGCGAACGACAUCGUUCUCUUUUCGAGCAGUACCAAUGAAGCAGAAACGAUGCUCAAAGAAUUGA